GCUCGUGACGAUAACAUAAAGGACGACAACAGUAAUUUUUCGAAAUCAUUUGGAGGCUCACGCCAUGGCGGACAAAACUAUUCUGACUGCGAAUGUAAGUGGGACUGUCGAUCCAAAAGAUGGUGGCAAGGAUCCAGAGGUAAACUGCUCACAAUUCCUUUCCAAAAUAUUUGACAUCGCGACAUUGAAAUAGAAAUUCCGAUAGACUUGAUGAUAGUUUACGAAACAAUGUGUGUUUUAAGUAGUGUAUCUGUUAGUAGAGUUAUUUGUGGAAAAGCUAUCAUCGUUAAGCCAUAAAAAGGUUAUUUUAAUCGUGUUCAGCAUUUGAAAAUGGCGAAGAAUACGGAGAUUUACGCAUCAGUUAUCUCGUUACGGUGAAUAUCAGAAAUCUUUCAUACCUGAGGGUUUAGUAUGCGGCAAUUUUUCAUUUAGGAAGUCGCUCCGGAAAGAGGGAAAAUGCUAGAAAACUAACAAUUCUGCGUCAAAAUACUUCCUUGUAUUUUGAAAGGGAACAUGUAUGGAAUGAUGAGUUACAAUGAUUCGCAGAAAGCGGGAAGGAUUUGAAAAUGUUCGAACAUUUUGGGGUAAUUUGGUACGCCUGCAGUUCAAAUGAAACGAUACAUGAUGUGCUAGGUUAAUAAUCUCCAUAAUUAUUUUUAAAAAGUUGUACUUCUUGCCCUUUUUGCUUACAAAUAGCGGUGUUUUACCGUAACCGUGUGGUAUCACUGCUAGCUCAUGCUCCAGAGCGUAGAUCGCUAUUCACAAGGUGCUGGUUGAUUACUAAUUACUUAUCAGUAAGUCCGUCACUAAUUUGCUCCAACUUAGAUACGAAGCGCUAUGAUUUACACACUGCGUGAAAGAACAAGGCUGAUUUUAAAAAAAUAAGAUUUGCAAUCAUUAGUGAACCACGAGCUCUGUGAAAGGGAUACUAGUAUGCAAAUAAGUACACGUACUCAAGAGGAUUCAAUCUAGGUCUGGUUUCUUGUUUUUGCAGGCCUAUAAAAUUACUGUCGUUUUCUGCGACGGUACCAAGACGGUUUUACGAAAGAAAUACGAAGAAUUUGUCGACUUGCAAGUAAGUUUCAUGAUUUUUUGUUACCGGCCCACACACAAACAAACUAACAAAAGCCUCUUCAGUAGCAUUGUUCACCCAAACCGUUAAACGUAAAUCUUAUCAAAAAGGAUAAAAUUUGCAUAGGUAUUUGAAGCGAGACGAUAAUACUGUCUUUCUUUCUGGCCAAAAAUUUAAAUAAAAAAAAUCCAAAAAAAACAAUCUUAUUUCAGUGACAGCGGAAGACUAUAUUGUUUUUCUUUCAAGCCAAAGAAUUAAUUAAAAAGAAAAACAGGAAAACAGUAAAACGCAAUCUUAUUUGGUUAAAAACCGCACAUCCGUAUUCAUUGCGAAUGAAUACGUGGCAGUAUUUUUGGAUUUUUCCUUGUUAAACUGAUAAUGUUUGAGCACAAAGGCGUUCAUUCAUUUUCCUUUAGAUACAGGGAAUAAACAACAAAUCGAAGCCGUUUGAGAGACAGCUUUUGCUUUGCUUUCUCGCAAAAUAAAUCUAACAAAUAGUCACAAAAACCAGAAUCAAUCGAUAUUGACGUUUGGCCCGUAAACAAACCCCACUAAACACAAUACAAACUUCUGAUACUUCAGGAUUUUAUCGAUAGGUUAAGGUGUACGAGUUGCUAAAAAAGAAAGGUGGCUACUCCAGGAAAACAUCGAGGACUCUCGUUUCUAGCUUGCCAGGUGUGUAUUGGUAACAAAUUGGUUUUUAUCAUCCAACGAGUGCCUUCCUAAAGUCUAUGGGUUAUUUUCCUUACCUUGCGGAUAACAGAAAUUUUAACCAAUCAAAAUAUUUUGCGUUACAGAAAACAACUCAGCACUGUCCAGAAUUCUUUUUAAGGAUGAUAAUUUGAAGAAGAUGGGAAGAAUAGACGAGUUUAUGAAGGUAAUAUUUCUAAUCAUCAAUUUAUAAAUGUGGCUUAUUUUCACCAUGACUAAACUUGACACGAAAAUCACACAGCCAAGUCCAAUGUUUUACGGUCCUUUUUCCUUUUCUCUUAGGAGCUAUUAACCCUUCCAACAUCUGUGAGAGAUUCAGAGGCUAUAAAGACUUUUUUUGGUUUCUUCGACGAGCAACAAGGAAAAGCAAACAGGCGAGUACCUCUGUACUGUGAAGCAUGAGGUUGGGACGUUGAGAGAUAACUAUGGAUCUUAUGUAUUGCAGAUCCCGUGAGGAAGAACUGAAGAAGGUGACCAAAGUUGCUGAAAUACUUAGCGGUAAGGAUAAUAACAAACUUCCAUGGUCAUUUAAGCAACGACUCUUUCACAACACAUCUACAAUCGUAAGGGCAUUGGCAACCAAUCUGUCGCCCUAAAAGAAUAAGAUCAGCGAUAUUACUUCUAGUAGAGUAAUGGAUACCACUCCAUAACUUCAUGAAUUUUUCAAAGGAAAUCCAUUCUGAUAUUUGCAGGAAGAGAUCCACUUAGGAAUCUGCCCAAUCAAAGUCCAGUAACAAAGCGAAAAUCAAAUCACGAUUCCACUUGGAUGCCAGAGGAUUUGAGUAUGCUUAGUGAAGAGGCGAGAGCUCAUCUUUAUCAAAAGCUGAACAGACUUAGCGAGAGGCGUCCAAGCAAAGAGAUUCCAUCUCUACCCGGCGGUAAAAUAAGAGCAGUCUCCGUUGAUGAUGACAUUCUGGUGAGGCCGAAAGGAUCUCCAAGACCAGGCCUGACUAGGAGGCCAAUCAGCGUCCCGGUGGGAUUAGCCAGUAUGGUUAGGGAAAGCGAUGAGUUAAAGGAAAACCGUCCAAGCACUCCCAAACUUUUAAAAGGUAAAGUUCCUUCGUUACAAACUCUCAAUGAAUUGAACAGGCAAGACUCUGGAAGCGAAAGCAGCAUCUCAGCACUAACGGACACGUCAGCCAUUGACUCUGAGUUUUCCGAAGUAGACGAGCCACGCUCAAGAAAGAUAUCAACCCAAUCUAGUGUGAGGAGUAUUCAAGGUAGGACAAGCCCAAGCAAGAAAAAGUAUGUUGCUACCUCAGCAUUCAUUGCAGAAGGAACUGGUGAAGUUUCCCUGGAGGAGGGUGAAGAAGUCGAGGUCCUGCAGAAAGAAUCCAGUGGUUGGUGGUAUAUAAAAAAUGACUUUUGUGAAGGAUGGGCACCAGAGGCAUUUCUUGCACCAUCUCAAGGAUCAAGGUCUUCAUCUCCUGGGUCCCAGGUUCCACCCCAGAGUUUGGGAAGCCAAGAUCAAUCAAGUGAAAUAAGGUCGAGGAUGGAAUCGCUUUCAGAGAGCCCGUAUAUAAAAGAGGAGGAAGUUGAUCCCCAAACAAAAGUGAAGGUAAGUAAGCGUCGAACUGAUGAAUUUGACACUUUUUUGGCUUUUUCAGAUCUGUUCAAUCUUUCUAGGGUAAACAUAUGCUUGUAUAACUAAAUGGAGAAACGAAUAUCCUCGUGUGAUUUUUGUCAAAGUUUAAUUUCCAUGUUAGAUCCUUUUUCUCUCUCGUUCAGUGAGAAUAAAUGUUGUUUGAAAAUUGCAAGCUUAGGAACCUUUUUACUGAGCAGAAAUGUUUCCUGAUACAAACGACAUCAAAGAGAGUAAAAGUAACUGAGUCGUCAAUGAUCACGCAGGAUGCACGUGUUCAGCUUCAAGCUUCAUUGUCUAUUUUCAAUGAAAGACAAAAGCCUAAAUAUUGUACAUGAUUAUCGAUCCAUAAAUAACAGGACUUUGAAGUCAUAAUAUAGGAAUUCAAUGGCUAACAUAGCGAAAGGACAAACAACUAAUGUAUGUUAAAGCUUUUGUGAUUAAAGAAUUGUAAAGCAUUUUAGCAGCAGCUCCAUAGCUCUUGAGAGAUGCUUAAUUCACGCUAAAUUUCUCACUGGUAGUAGUUAGAUGAUGCCCUCAAGAAAAACCUUCACUAGGAUGCGUUCGAAGGUUAAUCAAGUCGAACAAAGAAGUUCCUAAGAAGUAGCAACGGUCACGGUGCCCGAGAAUUAAACAAAUAAACAAACCAAAAACAAGUCAAAAAACGUGGUCUUAGAUUACCUAAUAGCAUUGACGCCAUUUCCUUAUCACAUGAAGUGACGCUGUACAAUGAUGGUGCAGUCGACACUGAUAUUAAAGAACUCUCCUUUUUCCUUUUCCUAGUCCUUGGAACGUCACGUGGAAAGAGGUUCUCAAAAGAAGCAGAUAGAAAUGAAUCGACGACCCAAGUUUCUCACUAUUGAGGGAAUACAGAAGCGAAAAAACCCAGACAAAAACUACGUAAGUGUUUUGGUCUUUUCUUUUCAGCUGGAUUUGUUAUUUUUAAUCUUUGAUUUACCAAGAAUUAUCAAUGAGUCCGCAAGGAUCCUAAAGUAGGCCGGUCGGGACUCAAUGAUAAGUAACAAUUCGCACGAUUUGGUUGUUAUUAGUGGCCAGAUGUCAAACUGUGUAAGGUGAAGUUAAGGAAGGAAGUAAUUUGAUCCAUGUGGAAACUUCAUUUAACUACAAAUAACCUUCCGAAAAUCUUACUCUGGUUUCAACUUGUGUUUCACUAAAGAUGACGUACUCCAAUAAUUUCCACUGUUAAGCACAGUAUCAAAUUGAAUAUCUCGAAUUUCUCAUAUUUUGCAUUUCUCAACUGUUAAUUGCAUAGCUGUUAAAUAAGAAUACUACAUUGACAAACUUUCCAGGAUUUUACAAUUCAAACAUUUCUUACUUUCAACGAUAAAACCAUCUCGCGUGCAAAAAAUUUUGUCGAUGACGACUAAUUGGCAAAAAGCCUCAGCCUCAGUAAUGCUCAAAAACAAUGACAUGACAUGAAAAUCAAUAUAGAUGUGGCUUUAGCGGUAACACUAGAACAUCGUCAAUUUCUUUUUUUUCCUCCAUUUACGAGGGAAACGAAUAAAAAUAGUAACACGGCGUGUCUGCGCGCUUUCCUUGUCAGGUUUACAUCCUCAAAGUGGUUUGGUCAGACGGAAACAUCAAUAUCAUCUACAGAACUUGCAGCGAUUUUUUCUUUCUUCAGGUAAGGCAAGAGAAGAUUAGGACACCCUUACAAAUCUGAGUUUUUUUUUUGUUUUCAUUGAUACGGCUUAUCUUUCAUUGUUAGUGUAAGCCAAUGAAGAUAUUGCCUCUCUGCGGGCUCUCAGAAACAAAAGCUUUACGCAAAUCACUUUGUGGUUUGACAAACAAAGGGCAUACCAAUAUAACAACUACACCGUUAAAUUCUUUUGAUGCCUUGCUAUAAAACAAAUUAAUUUCGUUGGAAUAUUGCCAUGUCAUCACACAUGAGCCAUCAAUUCGACGUCAAAUACAUCGGUUAGCGUAGCAGGUGAUAACUAGCAUGAUGGACACGCCAGAUGAGCGCGUGGGUCAGCCUAGGGGUCUAUACGGCAAUUUAAUUCUAGUAACAUUCCAGCGAAAAAUCUUCUUUUUUAACUCAUUCGCAAUCAUCUAAAGACAAAAGAGUGAACAAGCCAUUCAGUACUUAUUUGUUUGUUUGAGAUAAAGGAGUUGAUAUCUGCCAUAUUUUCAAAAAAGCCUCACAUAGCAAGAAAUAAAAGAUAUCGAAUCGUGCAUCAAGUCUUAUUUGUAUUUGUUUUAUGACACUUAUCAAGAUCGGCUUUCCAGUUUAUCGAUCUACAGGGGGCUAUUACCUGCAAAUAGGAUUUUUCAUAACUUUUGUAAUUCAAUACUCCAUGUUCUGCUUUGAAUUGUCUUAGGAAAAUCUCAGAAAGGAAUGUCCGAGUGCCAUUGGAAAGGAGAUUCCUGCUUUGAAAGGUAAAACCUUACAAAAAUCAACUACUAUUUUUUGUGGUAAUCAGAGAAACAAAGAUCGUAGUGCCACAAAACAGCAUUUUAAAUCCAGGAAGAAUAUUAAGUAAUGUCAUCUAUUCCCUAAUGAUUCAGAAUAGGACAAAAAAAUGUUUAAAAAUGGGGAUAGGUUUUACACGGAACAUGUCAGGAUGCAAAAGAAUUGCGUGCGUGAGAUCCAAGAAUUAUGGCGGGUCUGCUAUGAAGCAAGCACAAACAAUACGCCCCUUGCACCAUAACUGGAGUGUUAAUAUGUAUAAAAUGUUUUGUUUCUUCUUUUCUAUGUUUUGCAGGAAGAAAAUUCACGGAGAACUGCCAGUUCUGCUUCAAGGAUGGAACAUGCAAGAGACAAAAAUUUAUGAACCAGUUUUGCCAUGUAAGUUUAAAAGAUAUUCAUGGCGAUAAUCCUUAUCUUCUGAAAGACCUUUCCCCCUAAACAAGCACUGGAUUGUUAUAAUGAUUUUUGUCUUACUCUCUCUUAGGAACUGGUCAAUGCACCUGACCACAUCUCUAGAAGCAACAUUGUCAUGAAUUUUUGCAGGUCUCGACCCAGCGAUGUUCUUCCUCAUGGAGAGUAAGUAAUUUUUUUGUUUCUUCUGGUUGAAUAAUUUUUUUAUAGUUGCGCGAAAAAAACUCACUUGACAGAUUUCUUUGAUCACAAAAUAGAUCUGUCGAUAUAGUUUUUCAUUUGAAAUUUUCGCCAGAUCACUUCAUUGAUAACUAACAUUUAUUCUACUUUUAUUUGCUAUUAGAGUUGGAAAGAAGGAUGGAAAGUCCUCGGGCGGUGAGUGAAAUCAACGAACGCAAAUUUGUCAGAAAUACGAAAUCAUUUGAUGUAAAACUAAACCACGUCUUCCCAAAUUUUUUCAGAUGAUGAUGAGAACGUACAGAUCUCUGGUCCAGUAGUUUUUGAGCAAUAUGAAGUAAUAUGCGAUUACAAGAAGAAGAACAAGAAUGACAUUUCCCUGACAGCUGGAGAUGUUGUUGACGUAAUUGAGAAGAAUGAUUAUGGUACGUAUUCUGGAAUUUCACAGCUUUAUCUAGCCCGUUAUCGUCCUCGUUUUGGUGAAUAUUCUUUUAACCACUCUUGGAACCUUUUUUCAAAUCACAAGGGAACUUAAUAUCAAUUUUGCAUUCUCUUCUUUUUUCCCAACGUUCUUAACCAGCCUCUAACGUGUUCUCCAUCAUCUUCUUCUCUAACAGUUCAAUUUUUUAUCUUUUUUCGUCAAGGCUGGUGGCUUGUUGAUCGUGAUGGAGAGUUAGGAUGGGCUCCUGCAUCUCAUCUUGAGCCUACAGAUGAUGGGGCAGAGGUUACUUCAGCGAAACACUUUGCACCAGGAAAAGGUACGUUUAAAUAGUUGGAAUAGAUUUGAAAUUUAGCUAGUGAAGUUGUAGUCUGUAGUUCCCUUGCCAAUUACUUUUUCAAGAACUUCCUGCACUAAAAGAACAACGAUUAGAGUUACCUCUUCAGCUAUUCAAAAUGUUGUAAUGACAUUUUAAAUGCGUAAAAUUAAACUUUCUUUUAUAUAAUGUGCAUAACUGGAGGAUUGUAGAGGAUUUCAGAGAUCUCGAUAUGCUCAUAGAGUCAUUAGGUGCCAGCUAUGAUCCACACCAUAAACGAUAUAGUAGCACAGGUAAACCUAGCUCAAACUCCGGCCAAACGAUCCACGACUAUUUAGCUGCCUCUUCCAUGGAGCACGUGUUUGAUCGAUUUGCCAACACAUGUUUUGUACAUCAAAUGAGAUGUUAAUCAGGAGUUGCAAUAACUUUAAAAAGGGACAAUGAAAAAGGUAAAAAUCCUAAGUUGAUAUAUAUUUUUCUGUUCAACAGAGGAGAUCUACGUGUCAAUUAAAAGCUAUCAAGCUACAGCUGAGGAUGAACUGUCUUUUGAUGCUGACGUUAUGUUAAAGGUGGUUGAGAAGACUCUGGAUGGAUGGUGGCUCGUAAGGUAUUACUCGAAUAAGAAUCACUGAAGCUCCUCUUUGAGCUCGGACAUUUUAUUAUUUUUGUAAUUUUAAACGUUAGUAGAGCGAGUGAUGAAUUCUCCAUUAUUUAAUUUUUGUUGCUAGGUAUCAGGGUGAGGAAGGAUGGGCACCUGCCAUGCAUCUAAAAAGGGUGAAUUCAGACGAUUCAGCGAAUGCGGAAGACAGCACUUUGGAUCAAUUAAACAUCGGCUCCUACGAUGAAGGUAUAGUUCAACAAUUAAGUGUUUUUUUCUUUAAGGUAUCUUUCACGUGAAAGAUGAUUUAAUUUUUCAAAACGUCGUCGUAGAAAGAAAUAUAUUUUUAGGCUCCCUGGCCUGAUGUAACAUUUUUCAUUCAUUAGCAUACCGUUUCCGGAAGACGAAAGUCUCAGAAUAAAUGCGAAAACCUUUCAUCAGAACUUAAUAAAUCUGAUGGUAUUUUCAUUUAUUUAUGAUAGAGCCUGCCAAUGAUGAAAGCCCGCGAAUUCCUCGCACCGCUCCUACUCGCCGAAGUCAAGUAAGUCAGGCUUAAGAUGACUCCUGUUGACUCAUAGCCUCUUUAAUGAUUAAUUUUAUUAUCAUUACUUCAACUUUGCUGCUAAUAAAGAGCCUCACAGUUCCAUAAAUGAGAGAAGCAGUAGAAAACUGAGAAUGUCUGCGUUUAGCUUUAUAAGGAAAUAACAUCUCAGACUCCGUCACCACGUUUGCCCUCAUGAAAAAUAUUUCCGACCUACCCAGACAAUCAUGAGAUGAACAGUAAAUAAAAGUUUGUUAAAUUGCUCGUCCAUAACUGUGCCCUUCAAAGAAGGUAUCUCUAUUUAAACACAAAAAAAGUCAAGGCAAAAAAGAAAGACGAGUUUUCAGUUUAAGAAAAUAAUGUUUACGAAGUAUAAGCAAAUAAGAGCUUAUAGAGGAAUCUAAUUCCCUUAUUUUUACUAUAUUUUGCAGGUCCAAAAAACGGGGCGAAUUAGACAGAAGAGAAACUCCCAUGAGCUUAAUGGAGUCCCAGAGGAAAAGGACAGUGAAGAAAAAUCCACAGAAGAAACACCAUCACUGCCAGUACAAGUGAGUACACCUUCUCUGGCCAAAAGGAUUUCGGGAAAUAACUUGCCUCUACCAAGAUCACCCUCACGACCACUGUCCAGCGAGCUUUCCCAUGGAGACGUGGCUCGCCAGUUCUCCAUGUCAAGCAGUGGGUACGAAAGUUCUCCAACUGGCAGCCUUACCUCCCUCGUAUCUGACGUUUUUCCCGAGGAUGUUUCGCCUAGGGGAAUGAAGAAGUGCGCAACACUACCACAGUUUGACCACAUUCAGGCUCAGAUUGCGACCACGCAAAACUCUCCGGAGAUUCCACGUUCACGAUCUGUAACGUCUAUGGCACAAUACAAGAAGGAAUUAGAGUUGAGUCUCAAUGGUGUCCAAUCACGAGUCAGAAAGCCCAGCUCAGGAAGAAGCAGCCCUGUUCCCACCCAGAGAAAGAUUUCUGCAUCCAAUAGACUGAGUCCACUAGCUACUUCACCCUCCAGAAGUCGGGAGUUUGGUGCUGCAUCACCUCAAAAGUUGUUGUCACCGAGAGACCCGGUGUCUAUGGUUGACGAUGACAACUAUCAAAGCAGCGGUUCUGAUUACAACAAUGGGGAUCAAAUCGAAUCAAGGAUGUAUAAAGUUAUUUAUACAUACAUUGCUCAAGAAGAUGGUGAGGUCAGCCUUAUCGAAGGAGAUGAUGUUGAAGUAAUUCAAGCGAGCGAAAAUGGUUGGUGGCUCGUUCGAACCUCCGAAGAACUUGGUUGGGGACCUUCAAAUUUUCUACAAGUGAUGACUUGUUAAGCUCUUGCUUUACAAGAAGAGAAAAAAUGAACAGGAAGUGAACUUUUCUAGCAAAUAGGCCACACGCACAUACGGUCGUAAAAAACUAUUACUGGGUAGAUGUAAAACACCUGUGCUUUUUGCUGGAACCUGAGUGUGUAAUAUUGCAAAAUGCUCAUCGCCAUACCAAAAGUGAAUAAGUCCUUUUCAGUUGAUCUUGACCAAGAGAGAAGUGGAGGAAAUAAGGCGCAAGUUUUAAACGCAGUUUUUCCUGACCAAUACCAUAAUUUUCUCAUUGCCUAUUAUUCCAAUUGGCGUGUCUAUUCCGAAUCUGACUCUUCUUCUAAAAAAUUUAUAAAUCGUGCCACUACUUUAAAAGAGUAUUCAAAGGUACUUCGUAAAAGAUAUCAGUAAACAUGAAAAAUGUGCGUGUUACAUUUUCCUUUGAUACAGUUAAUACGGAAAAAAAAAACAUUUCGAAAAGAUUUUUUUGCUUAUUUAUUCUUCACGGAUCACAGCUAAAGCGAUAAAUGAUGAGCGAAGACUAGUGUUAAACUGUAGAUUACGUUAUUAUUAACCUAAGGAGCCAGUUGAUCUUAUCACUUGCUUAUAGCGAGCGCGUCUUACGAAAACAUUGUGAAAUAAAACCAGUAGAGCAGAAAUACUGUUAAGUAAAGAUUGUACAAAACAUAAGGCUUACAUACUUUAUUAUUUUGACAAAACAAGCUUAAUUGUACGCUUUUAUAAAAAUAUUACUCACGG